AUGUCCUCUCUGGAUGAUCAUCAACACACCAACGAGGAUGAUUCAUUGCAGCAAAGCCUGCUUUCUCAACCCGUAUCGCACGGGGAUUCCAUCAACAAUGUAAAUGCUGAGAAAGAGGAUGAUACACAUCCGUUGGAGAAAAUCAGAAAACGUUCAUCGGGAACCAUCUCUACAAUUUUUUCAAUCAUCAACACAAUGGUGGGGUCGACAAUAUUAUCAUUGGCAUGGGGAUUUACACAAAGUGGACUCUAUCUAGGAAUAAUUGUAUUUAUUCUGGUUGGCCUCAUUAGUUAUUACACUUGCAAUCUUGUGGUACAACACUCGUUGUUUAAAGUGAGAUACGAUGAAGAGGGUCAACAAAAACAAACAUCACCUAACGAAACUACUGCCAUCAACAGUGGAGACAAAAUUACUCUUGCAGACGAAGAAGAAUCUUCUGCUCCUACCACGUAUUAUCAAUCGGUGGACAACAAGGAGGGAAAUACUUCUCUGCAUCAUGCAUCCACAACAAAAUCAUAUCAAAAAGGAAACUAUAGCAAAAAAUUUAAAAGAAUUUCCAACUACGUUCUCGACAUCAAAGAUUUUUCUCAAGUUUGUGUGGAACAUUUAGGAAGAUGGAGCGAAAUAUUAUGCAUUAUUACAAGCAUUGUGAUUUUAAUAGGAGCUAGUAUUGCCUAUCAUAUCUUCAUGAAAGACUGUCUGAUGAGCAUUGUUACAGGUAUCUUUGACAUUCAGUAUGAUAACACCAAAAUCUACCCAUGGGACAAAAAUGGUCCGCCUUGGUAUUGGAAUGGUAUUUUUGCUUCUGUGAUUAUUGUGGUGCUUCUAUUUCCAAUCACUCUUCUCAAGAAUUUGAACUUUUUGGUGAAAUUUAAUUCAUUCGGAAUUUUCUUUGUAUUGUUUUUGAUUAUUUUCAUUAUUUAUGCAAGCAUUGAGGCCAUGGUGUCACCUUUUGAGUUUUCUAAUAAUGUCGCUAGCGUUUCGACAUUAACCAUGAUGUCGCUAAGCUCUAAUAUGAGCACUAUCACGACAAGCAGUAAUGUGAACUCCAAUGGUGGUAGUAAUAGCAGUUGGAUGAAUCAUUUGUUGGGAGGAAUUUUGGGUCAUAACACUGACGGAAGUAGCAGCUCAUCGGGUCAGUCCUCUUCUCCACAAUACAGUUUCGUUGACGAUACUAUUGUGAAGGGAGACACAGUGUUGGUGAACCAUUUAUCAUUAUUUAAUAUGCAUUUCAGUCACUUGUUGGCAAUUUUGUCUUUGAGCUUUUUUAUUCAUAAUGUAAUUGGACCUAUUUUGAAGAACCAAAAAUCAUUGAAGCAUACAAAGAGAGAUACUGCAGUUGCUUUUAUUGUAGCAGCUAUGAUUUAUGCAGUACCUGGAAUGUUGGGAGCAUUUGCAUUUCGAUUCUCUGUUAAAAUUGAACAGAACUUUUUGAAUCAAUUUCCCAAUAAUAGUGUUUAUGCUAACAUUUCAAGAGGUGCAGUUCUAUUCCAACUCAUGUCAAUCUACCCUCUUUUAUUGAGCGUGAUAAGAGUACAAUGUUUCAGUUUUCUCUAUAGAAAGAAUCCAAACAAGGACAAGCAACAAUAUCCAGGUAUUUUGCAAGUUGCUGCCUUGAAUUUUUUGGUUUGCUUAAUUACAACUAGCAUGGCCGCUUUUUAUCCAAUGGUGGGAACUGUUUUGAGAUUUACCGGAGCCAUUUGUGGUCUGAUUUACAUGUAUUUGUUGCCUGUGUCGAUCCAUCUCGUGGUUCAGUACAAAAAGAAACAACUCACUGUCUUUUCAGUUGUUUUUAACCUUUCCUUAGUUUUGUUGGGCUUGUCAAUUUUGGUCUUGCAAUUCAUUGACUUUGACCAAUUCACACAGAAAACUCCAACUGGAUAA